AUGUUCAUACUUACUACGAUUCAAGACCUAAUACAGAUCGCGCCUCAGGACUUCAAGAAGCCGAGCGAUCAAGCAAUCAAAGAUGUCGUCAACGACAAGUACAGCAACAAAAUCGUCCCUGGCAUUGGCCUCUGUAUAUGCAUGUGGGAUCUUCUGUCUGCAUCAGAAGGGUUGAUUGGCCAUGGUACUGGACUCGUGAAUGUGAACAUCGAAUUUCGCAUGGCAGUCUUUCGCCCAUUUCGCGGUGAAAUCAUUUACGGUCGAAUCAAGUCAUCCUCCCCAGAAGGCAUCAUCAUCGACCUUGACUUCACCUCUGAGAUCUUCAUUCCCUACCAAAACCUAUUCGAGAACUCAUCCUUCGAUCAGGCUGAAAGCGUAUGGGUGUGGAACUCAGACGGUACAGAGCUCUUCUUCGACAAGGGUGAGCCGGUGCUGUUUCGCGUCGAACAAGAAGAGUGGAUCGAUCAGCGGCCGACGAUAGUACAGAAAGAUGAAGAUGGUAACGUGAUUGAGGAAAGAGGCACGGCGUGGAGGAUUAUUGGAUCUAUGAACCAGGCUGGGCUGGGACCGACAUUGUGGUGGGGCGAACAGGAGGAAGAGGGCGAGGAAGGGGAUGUCGAAAUGGACGGCGCAGAGGGAUAA